GCCAUGUCAAUUAUCAAUAUUUAAACAUAGUUAAAGUCGCUCUAGUUUACUUCGAAUAGAAGUAUUCGAAUGCCAUAGUAUAGGCAUACACAGAAAAUACAUUAAAGCUCUAAAAGGGACUUACCCAAGUAGGGUUUACACUAAGGAAACAAUACCGCGUGUAUUCAUAGACUUAACAUUAUUAGAAGUUUGUGCUUACCAUGCGAAUAUUCGAAAGUUUGACUUAAUUACAAAUGGGAUAUUCGAUUAUCAAUAUUAAUAGUCGAUGCUAUUGAGAGUUUAAACGCAUCGUUCGACGCAUGAAAACAACCUAAAAUAUUGUAUCGCUGUGUAUUUAAAACGUUUACAACUCGUGUAACUGUUUGCAUUACCAACGCGUACUCAACAGACGUUUGUAAUCGUUCGAUAAGGAAGUUACAUAUUUUGGGAUGUGUCUAGUGGAGAAUAGCACGUAUGAUUGGUAUAGGUGUUCAUUGUGAUUAUUUUUAAGAAGAUUUUGACAAGAAACUAUUUUCUGUACAUAAAGUCCAACUAAUAAAAUUUCCAAGAAGACCGCAAUAAAAAAGUAUAAGGAGAAUAUGUUGCAACAAGUGUGUAAAGUCAUAGAAGAUAUUUUCAACGACUCCUCGGACACGUCAAGUUCUUCCGAUUCCUCCGAAUCCUCUGAUUCAUCGAACAGUUCUGCUGGUGUUGAUUUCUCGUGUGAUCGAGAACACAAGAAAAUGAAAAGGAUAUAUCUGCAAAAACUUUCGCAAAAACCGAUAAAGAGCGUACUGAAACGAGGCAUACGGUCUGUCCGUGACUUUAUAAAUCCUCCAGCGAAAAGUGCAAAAUGUCAUGCUGCAGGUGUGAAAUGUGACAUCUGCAACCAGGAUCCCAUCCGAGGUGACCGCAGGACAUGCAAACAAUGCAAGGACUAUCACAUUUGUUUCCGUUGUUACAAGGGAGCAAAGAAAUACACGAAACUCAAGUUUAAGAAAAUCAAAGCAAAAGCACACAAGUAGCCAUAAGGAAGAUACCUACCGACGGUUAAAUUGAUAACAAUUCAUUAUAUAUGCUUAGCAUUGUUUUCCAUGUAAUAAAGCCAUCAUUUAUUCUGUCA